AUGAACGAGGAGACGGAGGAGUUGCAGCUGCCCGAGGAGGUGCUGGAGGCUGAGGAGCAGGACGAGGAAGUGCAGCAACAGGGUGAAGAGCAAGAGGUGGAAGAGCAAAAUGAGGAAGAGGUGCAGCAGGAGGAGUUGCAGACGGAGCAGCAACAGCAGACUGUGGAGGGGCAGCAGGAGGAGGAGAUGCAACAGGAGCAGGACGAGGUGCAGCAGAGUGAGGCAAUACAGCAGGAGGUGGUGCAGCAGAGUGAGUUGAUACAGCAGGAGGAGGUGCAGCAGAUUGAACAGGAGCAGAUGGAGGAGGAGCAGCAGCAGCAGGAGGAGGUGCAGACUGAGGAGAUGUCACAGACUGAAGAUCAGCAGACUGAGCAGGAGCAGCAGUUUGAAGAGGUGCAGAUAGAGGAGGUGCAGCAAACGCAGGUGCAGGACUUUAACUACGCUCUGGAGCAGAACCACAACAACCAGGUCCUGAUCCGACUGAGAGGGAUGCAGAAAUACAAAUGUGCAUCGCAGAGGCUGAAGGGGGUCCUGGAGCAGAUGGACCGGGGUGUCGUGGACCUGCAGGAACUCCGCAGGAACCUGGAGCUCGCUGCUGCCAUGUUGGACACGGUUUACACGGAUGAGACCAAGCGUCUGUUGGACACCGAGGACGAGCUCAGCGACUUGCAGGCGGAGUCGGUGCCCAGCGAAGUACGUGAUUGGCUGGCGUGUACCUUCACCAGGAAGAUGGGUGUGGCCAAGCGUCGCCCUGAGGAGAAGCCGAGAUUCAGGAGCAUCGUCCACGCAGUGCAAGCUGGGAUAUUUGUAGAAAGGAUGUACAGACGGACGUCCAACAUGCACGGUCUGACCUACCCUCCCACGGCAUUGACAGCGCUGAAGGAAGUGGAUCACUGGUCGUUUGAUGUUUUUUCCUUCCACGAGGCCACAGGAGACCACGCCCUCAAGUUCCUGGUCUACGACCUGCUGACCCGCUAUGACCUCAUCAACAGGUUCAGGAUCCCGGUGCAGGCUCUGGUGCAGUUCGUUGAAGCUCUGGAGAACGGCUACAGCAAACACAGGAACCCCUACCACAACCUGAUCCACGCCGCCGACGUCACGCAGACCGCCCACUUCCUGAUGCUGCACACUGGACUGAUGCACUGGCUCAGCGAGCUGGAGAUUCUUGCAAUGGUUUUUGCUGCAGCAAUUCACGACUUCGAACACACAGGAACCACCAACAACUUCCACAUCCACGCCAGGUCGGAGGUCGCCAUUCUGUACAACGACAGGUCGGUGCUGGAGAACCAUCACGUCAGCGCCGCCUACCGUCUGAUGGCGGAGGAAGACAUGAACAUCCUGAUCAACCUGAACAAGGACGACUGGAGGGAGCUGAGGGCUCUGGUCAUAGAGAUGGUGAUGUCAACGGACAUGUCCUGUCACUUCCAGCAGAUCAAGACCAUGAGGAACACCCUGACACAGACACACAGUCUGGACAAAGUGAAGGUUUUGUCUCUGAUGCUUCACGCUGCAGACAUCAGUCAUCCAGCCAAAGCCUGGCCGCUGCACUACCGCUGGACCCACAGUCUGAUGGAGGAGUUCUUUAGACAGGGAGACAAAGAGGUGGAACUGGGCCUUCCUUUCUCUCCUCUCUGUGACCGCAAGGCCACCAUGAUCGCCCAAUCACAGAUAGGUUUCAUAGACUUCAUCGUUGAGCCCACUUUCAGCGUUCUGAUCGACACGACAGAGAAAGUGAUCGGUCCUCUGAUAGAAGAGGACAGGAAGGCCAGAGAGACUGGAAACAGGAGGUCCAGUCUAACAGGAAGUGGUUCGGUUACCGUGGAGUCGGUUCAGAGACACAGUAGUGGUCGCUAUGGGAACAGCGAUGAUGGACCGAUAGACUUUUCCUUGACAGCCAUCGACCUGCCGGCUCUGAAGACCCACCUAUCCGGCGUCAUCGGCAGCAACAAGGACAGAUGGAAAGAGCUGUCUGUGCAUGAGCUGGCCAAUAAGGAGCAAGAGGAACAAAAGGAAGUGGAGUCUAAAGUCAACUCAGACAUCCAAUCAAACGCCUCGCCCAGUCGCAGCGUCCCUGAUGGACAAACCUCUGACCAAUCACAGAACUUGGAGGGCCCCCCUCCUGAUGAACCUCAAGACGACAAGUCACCCGUCCACCUGUCCUGGAACGGGUCAGGGCCAGGGGAGGAAAAGGAGGAGGACAAAGAGGAAGUGCCUGAAAACGCCUGA